CGGAUCCGUUGCCUGUUGUCAUUACUUCAAUGAUUGAUUAAUGAAAAUUGUUGCAUUUUGUUGUCAAGAUUCGUCGUUACAGGUCCAUUUUUGCUUAAUUUUGUGUUCCAAGUAGCGAGAAGCAGCUUGCUAGCUUCUGGGCAACAGAAGAAAACGAAAAAAAUCCGUCUUCCCCAAUUUUCUUUUUGUUUAACGGAUAAUAGCAAUGCAAUCGUGUUCUGCUUAAAAAUUUCUGAUUUUGCUUUAAACUAUAGAGAGAUCAGGUAACGAUGAUGAUAAUGGAGAGUGCAUUAGUGGGCAAGUUUUGUAAGCCAUGCUGCUUCCAUUCCACGAAAGGAGUGCUGCCGAAAAGGAAGGGAAUGCCUACCCACCACCUCUUUUCCUCUGAAUUCAACAUUCUGUCACUCCUUACUUCGACCCAUCUCUCUGUACAGGCGGGCGCCUUGAAACAAAAAAGUUCUGGUUUUGUUUCGAAAGAACUUGGUUGGCCUUCUCCUGAUGAUGAAAUCCCAUUCUGGAAGAGGGAUUUCCCUUCAUGGGAUGCAAGCCCUGAAGUUCCAACUGACAUUGUCAAAGAUUCCGAUCUCUUGCACGUAGUUCACGUUACAGCUGAGAUGGCACCCAUAGCCAAAGUUGGUGGCCUUGGUGAUGUUGUGACUGGACUUGCCCGUGCUUGCCUGUUGCGAGGGCAUACCGUGGAUAUAAUGCUUCCUUUCUACGAGUGCAUUCAAAAGCAGCAAAUUAAUGACUUGGCAUUAAUCACUACAUAUAAUUCAUAUCACGAUGGGAACUGGAUCCCAACUAAUGCAUAUCGAGGAGUAGUUUCAGGGAUUCCGGUGAUAUUUAUUGAGCCAUCAAAUGAAUUCUUCAAGGGGCAACAUGUGUAUGGUGGUUCAUACAACGAGUUGGAGGCUUAUUUGUUUUUUAGCCGUGCUUGUCUUGAAUGGAUGCAGGUUGCAGGAAUUCAACCUGACAUUAUUCAUGUCCAUGAGUGGCAGACUGGUGCUUUGCCUCUGCUUUACUGGGAUAUGUAUCAGUAUCUUUCACUUAAGAAGCCUCGAGUCAUAUUGACUAUACACAAUAUGGAGCAUUAUGGAGAGUGCCGACAAGAGCAACUUAGCAAGUGUGGUCUUGAUGGGUCUUUGUAUGCAACUAUUGAUAAGGCAGUUGAUGAUCGAACAGUUGGCCAUAAUCCUGAGAGGUUAAGCUUAUUGAAAGGUGGAAUAGUGUACAGCAAUGCAGUAGUUACAGUCUCUCCAACAUAUCUCAAGGAAACACUCUGCUCUGGAUGGUUGGCAAGCACCUUGAUAACACAUCGUGAUAAGUACUUUGGUAUUUUAAAUGGGAUAGACACUGCAAUGUGGAAUCCUGCUGCUGAUGUUUUCCUGCCUGCCAAGUUCAAUGCUCAAAAUAUUGAGGGCAAGAAGUUAUGCAAACACUAUGUACAAAGGGGACUUGGUAUGGCUUCUGAAAGCAUUGAAGCUGGUAACUAUGUGCUGGAUAAAAUGCUUAAGAUCCCCUUGGUUGUUUGUAUAAGUAGACUAGUUCCUCAGAAGGGUCUUCAUUUGAUUAUCCAUGCAAUUAAGUACGUUGAACAACUUGGUGGGCAGAUGGUUGUCCUUGGAAAAGCUUCAGAUGGCCGGGUUGAAGGAGAAUUCAAACAUCUUGCAGAGUUGCAUAGUCAUGGUCCCAGAAUCCGUAUCCUAUUAAUGUAUAGUGAGGAGCUCUCCCACUUGCUUUAUGCUGCAGCAGACAUGGUAUUAGUUCCAUCCAUAUUUGAACCAUGUGGACUUUCCCAAAUGAUUGGAAUGCGAUAUGGUGCGGUACCGGUGGUUAGAAAGACUGGUGGCCUUGCAGACACUGUCUUUGACAUGGAUGACCAGUCAAACCGUGAGACAGCUAAUGGGUUUGUUUUUGAAGGAAUUGAUGAAGGAUCCUUAAAUUGGGCUCUAGAUCGUGCAUUUGCUUACUAUAGAGACAAACCAGAUGAGUGGAAUGGCAUUGUACAGAAGGUUAUGGAAAUUGACAAUAGCUGGAACAAAACAGCUGGGAAAUAUAUUGAAAUUUAUGACUCAGUUAGGGUGACAUCCUGAGGUUUUCCCGGUCAAAUCUGCUACAUGCAUCAAAGCCUCAUAUUUAUGGUGUUUUCUCCUUAAUGCAAGUUCAAGUGCUGGAUUUUAUGUGAACAUUAUGUGUCCCUUGCUCACUUCCCCUUCCAAUUUUGAAUUUGCAAUGUAUAUUUUUUGUUUUAGUUCUACUUAGCUUGGAAUUUAUGCUCUUUA